UCCAAACAAAUACUCCUCUGCAUUACUCCCACAAAUUGCAUAAAGUAAUAGAGGCGUAAUGCAGAGGAAUAUCAACCGCCCCAACUUCACGCAACAGGCGAAGAAGGAGACAAAAAAAAAAAGGAAAACUUUUCCCGCGCUUUUUCUCACUAUUGAUUAUUAUCCCGCCAACAGCAGCGAACAUCAACAAGCGAUACAGAGCAGCGAUACACCAGCUAACACGGAGAACAACGUAAAAUAAAUUCCCUAUUUAUACAAAGUGACAACAAGUGUAUCAGAUUACAACAUAUAACAAGUGAAAUUAAAAGGAAUUACAAUAUAAAGUAUUACGAAUACAACACAAAAAUCCUCACAAACAUCGUUGGAAUUACAGAAAAAAUCCACACCACAUCUACAGCGAGGGAAUCAACCACAAAUCGAAACAGUGAAAUGGCCCCAACAGUCACCAACUCACCCAAACCUCGUCGCAUGAGCUCGACCAUUACCAUCCGGUCCCGUAGCGCAACCCGUAGCAUUACGCCAAUUUCGGAAGACGAAACGAUGUCACGACGCAUGCGGCGUUUCAAGUCGACCCUUCCCACUAUUCGUGAGGAAAAGGAAUGUGAUGAUCGCACAACCCGAAAAACGAUCUCACAUCACAGAAAACCCACGUCACAUCGUCAUGUCGCCUGCGGAAUAUGCAAAAAAGACCACCGUCUAGUGACUUGCGCUACAUACUCGGCAUAUAACAUUAAUAAGAAAUACGAAGCAGUAAGAAAACACCAUUAUUGCGUUAAUUGCUUAGCCAGGUCGCACAAGACAGAAGGAUGUACAAGCAAAAAUAGAUGUUCCGUUUGUCAUGAGAAACAUCAUUCAUCCCUACACGGACAUCCGAGGCUAUACCCGACCAACGAUGCCAAUGUUGUUAAGAAACAUCCGCUUGCGAUGGAGACCCGACUACCAUCCUUACUGGCUAAGCAGACCCUAGUACCCACAUUGAAGAUCCGAUUAAGAUGCGAUGGUGAAUGGCAUAAAGUUCGAGCCAUUUUAAACCCUACCCUCAAAAUCACGAAUAUAGCAGCCGAACUCGUCCAACAAUUAAAACUGCCGAUUACAUACCUCAAUACUUAUCGUAUUUGCAGCAUCAAAAUUAGCUCAAAUAAUGACACAAAGUUUUCUCUGGAUUGUAACGCGGUUACCACC